AUGAGCUGCGAUGUGAACGCGCUCCGCGCUUGGAACGAAGCCAACCGCAAUAAGAAGCAGAAGACCUGCCCAUGGCACGUCGGAACCAUCGACAAGUUUCGUGCCGAUACUAAGAAUACCGGGACACGUCAGUGGCUGAGGAAAUCGAAGUACGCGUUCCACCCCGAACAGCUGAAAGCGUUUCCAGUCGAGAUCGAUUUGUGGUCCCUCAACCGGGAUCAGGCCUGGAUCGAGGAAAUGGGCCGCUUGCGCACCAACGGAAGCAAGAAAGCCAAAGCCGCAGUGGAAUCGUUUUUGACUGAAGUCCAGCAGCUGAAAGUCAUCAAGGGCUUUUCGCAUCCAGGAUACGACAAGUCGAGCGGACCAGGCGUGACAGACUACAGCCAUAAGGACGUCCUCAAUUGCAACGAGCGAUACUUCAUCGGUCGUCACGUUAUCAAGGGAUCAUGGGCUCCUCAUCCAGACGCGGUGAUCGACAGCAAGAAGGCAACCGACGACAGCCCCGAAGAAAUCGACGACGGUGACAAUGAGGAAGAAGAGGAAUCCAGUGACACCGGAGAUGCUCGUCUGUACAACGACCCUAUCAACCGUAAGAUCUGGGACCACUACAUGGGUACACAGAAGUUCAACGAGGACAUCGAAAAUGACAUUAUGCGCUUGAUGAUCCGCCAGCACAACCACGAUCAAAAGCGCCUCGCCAAGCAAGCUGCGGCCGAAUCAGUGAAGACCGAUCCCAAGGCAUUGUCGUCAUCCUAG